CAUAAACACUAAAGGCUGCGCCGCGACCCAUUAGUUCUUGGUGGGCAAACACCGACAAAAGACCGAGGGAGGAGAGGGCCCGCGUGAGCACCCGGAGGGGACCUAUAGCUGGGCGCAGGGACGCUAGUGUCCAGACGCGAGGAGGAAGGGAGCCGCGCGGGGGCAACACACCAGGCCGGAUCUACUUGCAUGUUUUGGACGGGCUCGUCCGCCGCUCCAUAAAACGCACGCGGGCACAGAGAAAAGAGCGGCGGUUCGUUUCAUGUGGAAUAUCUUCAGCAUGCUUCAGCAGCGAGGACCGCCCGCCCGGAUGGAAGGAGGACGUCAGGCGAGAGCGGCUCAUUUUUCUCCGGCAGGGGAAGCCAUAACCGCGGGGGUUCGUUGUUUGCUCUGAGGGGCCUCGUUUUUUGGCCAAAUCCGCGCAUGCCCCUUUGGAACCACUGCACGCGCUGGCUUUGAGGACACGACACGCGGAGGGGACGAGAAUGAAGGCAAAUCCAACAACAAAAUCGAAGCCAAAGUAAAAAGUUUCCACGCUGAGACUGUUUCCAGGUCAUAGUGGAGUGGGAGGAGACUGAACCGCACUUUUUAUGCUUAUUAUCUUCCCUUAUUCCUGAACCGUGCCCCUAAAGUCCACAACCGACGUUAGUUUUGCGGCUCCUAUGCUACCUUGACAGCAGCCACGAGUUCUGGCUGCGUGUCCCAUUUUCUUCCGCGGGGGUUCCGUGACCAAGCGAUGGCCAUGGUGAGUGGGGGCUGGGGAGAUCCAAACGGGGGCACCAACGGGUUGGGGGACAAGGGCUACCUCAAGGGGGAGGAGGAAGACGGCUCUCCACAGGCCGGGGGCAGUGACAUGGAGGCCGGGGACGAGGACAAGGCCUGCGUGGUGGACUGCGUGGUGUGCGGGGACAAGUCCAGCGGGAAACACUAUGGCGUGUUCACGUGUGAGGGCUGCAAGAGCUUCUUCAAGAGAAGCGUCCGGCGGAACCUCAGCUACACUUGCAGGUCAAAUCGAGAAUGUCAGAUUGACCAGCACCACAGAAACCAGUGCCAGUACUGCCGCCUGAAGAAAUGUUUCCGUGUUGGGAUGCGCAAAGAAGCAGUUCAGCGCGGUCGCAUCCCACCCCAGCCGAGUCUCAGCCCCUCCAUCACACCCAUAGGUGGCACCAGCAGCCUGGCAGGCGGAGAGUUCUACAAUAGCAACAACAACGGAGGAAGCGGCGGCGGCCAGCCAGUGUCGGAGCUCAUCUCCCAGCUGCUGCGAGCCGAGCCGUACCCCAGCAGUCGAUUCGGACACCAGUACAACCAGCAGAGCGGGCCCGACAAUGCGAUGGGCAUCGACAAUAUCUGUGAGCUGGCCGCCCGUCUGCUCUUCAGCACGGUGGAGUGGGCCAGGAACAUCCCGUAUUUCCCGGAGCUGCCCGUCUCCGACCAGGUGGCGCUGUUGAGGCUGAGCUGGAGCGAGCUCUUCAUCCUUAAUGCAGCCCAGUCGUCUUUGCCGCUCCACAUGGCGCCGCUGCUGGCCGCCGCCGGCUUCCACUCUUCGCCCAUGUCUGCGGAGCGGGUAGUGUCCUUCAUGGACCAGGUGAGGAUGUUCCAGGACCAGGUGGACAAGCUGACCCGGCUGCAGGUGGACUCUGCUGAGUACAGCUGCCUCAAGGCCAUCGCUCUGUUCUCACCAGACGCCUGCGGUCUGACAGACCCGGUUCACGUGGAGUCUCUGCAGGAGAAGGCUCAGGUGGCUCUGACGGAGUACGAGAGGAUGCAGUACCCCAGUCAGCCUCAGCGCUUCGGCCGCCUGCUCCUGCGGCUGCCCGCCCUGCGCGCCGUCCCCGCCAGCCUCAUCUCCCAGCUCUUCUUCAUGCGCCUGGUCGGGAAGACCCCCAUCGAGACGCUGAUCCGGGACAUGCAGCUCUCCGGAAGCUCCAUCAGUUGGCCGUAUGUCCCGGGACAGUAGCUCAAACCCCGCCUGGGAUUAGUGGCAAAAAAAAAGGGACCGAGAUGAAACCUCCGGCGUUCUCAUGAUCCAUCUGUGUGGUUCUCCAACGGCAGUGCCAGCUGACCCUCGCAUGCUCUGUACUGUACGCGCUCAGUCGCCUCUCCGCACGGGCCUCCAGAGGGGAGGGCAGCUGGAGCCCAGCCCGGUCCUGCCGGUGCCAGGUGUCCGGCCGGAGUCCAGAUCACCCUGCUGGGUUGCGAUAUGGCCUCGGCAGCCGGGCACGCCAUCUCACACACGCUCGACGCAGAAACUGCUUUCAUACGUGCAGAAUCCAACGCUGCUGCGGCAGCUUCCAUCUUCCAUUCGUGUUUGAGUGUACCGGAUCACGAAACUGAAGCCUCCGAAUGAAACUCUAAAAACAAACCGAGGAAAUGUCACCAAAGUUCACUCUCCUCGGAAACUGAUCAGAAAGACGUCCGACUUUUGUCGCCGCUGUGGUCAAAGAACCCAAAAACAUUUCCAUGACAACAGAUGAAUACCUCACUAGACAUCAGAAUGCUUUAGUGUGACGUUUCCUGAACCUCUGAGAUUUGUUCACCAGAGUUCGCCUUUUAAAUGGCCGCCCUCCUGGGGGGGAGGGCAUCUGUGGAUCAUGAGUCUUAAACGCAUUUCAUGCAUUUGUGCUGUAUCUUUUCUAUGAUUGCAUUUUUACUUUCUAACAGAGUCUAAUUUGGAUCAAACCACAUGAGCACAUCAGUUUUUUUUAUUUACACUCAGCUGGUAUUUAUAUAACUUUUUGCAUGUUUGAAUGGAGCUUUGGAUCUCUGAGUAGACAGUUUCCCUCUCCCUUUACUUUAUGUAAUUAAACUGAAUCUAAAUAUUAAAGUAUUACUUUCUUGGCUAGCCCUGGCUAGCUCUUUAA